GCAGGAUGUUGGACAUGACAGUUUGUUGUAAUCGUUACAAAUUCAGUUUUUGGUAAAAUAAAAACUGGGGGCGGGACAACAACAACAACAAGAUCGAAGACCUGACAAAGAAGUUGGUAGGAGGCGACGAUUGUUUGCGUUUGUAUGACGACACACAAGAUAUAUAGGUAACUCGGACUUGCCCUUUUGAGCUCUCUGCCGACGGUGACGCUAAAGGGAGGGCAAAGUCGUCAGCGCAUUCCACUUGUGUGGACGGCAAGAAAAACCCAAAAGGCCAAGGAUGUCUGUCGAUUGUGCUGCAUACGCUUGCGUGAAAUGUCGCACAAUUCACAAUUAUGACAAUGGAACCUAGUAGCUUUCACGUGUUAAAAUACUGUUUAUUGGCUUUAAAAACGCGUGUAUUGAUAACUCAUGCUUUGUUGUUGACAAAACAAUCACUCUUAUGAACAUUGAUUAAUAAAUAAAUAAAUCCAUGCAUUGCCUUCGAUUGGAACGACGACCUUCCCAACAAUGGCCGCCAGUAUGCACGUCGGUUAGCCGGCCUGCUAUAGCUUGGUGGCACAUCUAGUGUUUUAUCUACGGACGACACUCGUCUCAGACGCAAUCGCUCGCGCUUCCAUGUGCUGCACUUAAAAAACAAAACAUUCGGAAUUUGUACCGAACGUGCUGAACCCUCGUCAUAAGCGGAAAGUGUUGUGAUCGCCUUGUGAAAAUGUGUGCAAGGAGGACGGCAGAGUACGAGGACGACCUUUGUGCACCAAAAGACGAGAACGAGGCACAACUUCAACUACUGGCGUUCAAUCUGCAGCCUCGAACUGUGCUACGCAGACCAGACAUCGGUGAAGCUCUUUGGCCUGUGCGGCAGGGGCCAGAGCCCCCUCACAUUAAAGAGGAAGUUGAGUUGCAGUCUUUCAUGAAAAAAGAGGAUGAAGAGUGCCUCCAGAUCAAGGAGGAGGAAGAAGAGCCCCCCUACAUCAAACAGGAAAAGGAGGAAGAGGAUAUCACCAAGUUGCCAUCGACUGGUGUCCCUUUGACGAGUGAAGAUGAAGUUCAAAGUGAGGAGAAGAGAGGGGCGGAGCCUCCAAGCAGCAGCUCAAGUCAACACAUGACAACAGAAGGUGAUGGAGACCACUGCGGAGGAUCACAAGCGGACGGCCUCUUAGCUCCACUGUCAGAUUGUGACAACAUGACGUCACACUCUUCUGACUAUGAUGAUGAUGAACAGUCUGAAGGUGAUAUGACAUGUCACACUGACAACAAACGAUGGAAUUGUUCUCAGUGUGGGAAAGCUUUUGCUUAUAAGAGCAGUUUGAAGCAACACAUAAGAAUGCACACUGGCGAGAAACCUUUUGCCUGCUCAGUUUGUGGUCAACGAUUCACUCAGAAGGGACACUUAAAAACGCACACAAGAACUCAUGUUGGUGAGAAACCAUUUGCCUGCUCAGUUUGUGGUCAACGAUUCACUCAAAAGGGACACCUAAAAAUACACACAAGAACCCACAUUGGUGACAAACCUUUUACCUGCUCAGUUUGUGGUCAAAGAUUCUCUCAUAAGGGAAGCUUAAAAACACACACAAGAACACAUACUGGUGAGAAACCUUUUGCCUGUUCAGAUUGCGGUCAAAGAUUCACUUACAAGGGAAGCUUUAAAGUACACACAAGAACCCACACUGGUGAGAAACCUUUUGCCUGCACAGUUUGUGGUCAAAGAUUCUCUGAGAAGGGAAACUUGAAAGCACACACAAGAACACACACUGGGGAGAAACCUUUUGCCUGCCCAGAUUGCGGUAAAAGAUUCACUUACAAGGGAAGCUUUAAAAUACACACAAUAACCCACACUGGUGAGAAACCUUUUGCCUGCUCAGAUUGUGGUAGAAGAUUCUCUCAGAAGGGAGACUUAAAAAAACACACAAGAACACACACUGGUGAGAAACCUUUUGCCUGCUCAGUUUGUGGUCAAAGAUUUACAGAGAAAGGACCCUUAAAAAGACACACAAGAACACACACUGGAGAGAAACCUUUUGUCUGCUCAGAUUGUGGUCAAAGAUUCUCUCAGAAGGGACACUUGAAAAUACACACAAGAACCCACACUGGUGAGAAACCUUUUUCCUGCUUAGUUUGUGGUCAAAGAUUCUCAAAAAAGGCAAACUUAAAAAUACACACAAGAACACAUACUGGUGAGAAACCUUAUGCCUGUUCAGUUUGUGGUCAAAGAUUUCGCCAAAAUGAAAACUUAAAAAUACACACAAGAACUCACACUGGUGAGAAACCUUUUUCCUGCUCAGUUUGUGGUCGAAGAUUCUCUUUCAAGGGAAACUUAAAAAUACACACAAUAACCCACACUGGUGAGAAACCUUUUGCCUGCCCAGAUUGUGGUAAAAGAUUCUCUCGGAGGGGAGACUUAAAAAUACACAGAAGAACGCACACUGGUGGGAAACCUUUGGCCUGCCCAGAUUGUGGUGAAAGAUUCUCUCACAAGGAUGGGGUUAAGACACACAAGUGUGCUGGUGAAAAUCAUGGUGAUCAAGACACUUUAAAUGUAAAUGUUAGGUUAAUUUGAUGAACUUUCAUUCACAGAAUAAUUUCAGAAAACCAAAGGUUGACGCCAACCGUAAAGGCGUAGGGUGAAGCCAUGGCUUAUUAUGCCUACACCAAGCUUUACAAAACAAAAACGUAGUUCAGAAAGAAAAAAAAAUCCUCAAAUGCACCCACACAAAUUGCAACAUCAUGCAGAGUGAAAUUAAAUGUGUAAUAAAAAACUAAAACACAUUUGAAAAAAACAAGCUUUGCACAAAUUUAAACAUACUUUUAAAAAGCACACAGUUCAGGUCAUAGGUGUAGUCAUUCCACAAGUAACACCUCUAAAAGAGACACGUCUUUGUUUUAUAUUGGUUCUUGUCUUGGGCUUUUUCAGCUCACCGGUUCCCCUUCGAUCCUAACAACUCUGUGAUUUCAAACAGAUUUUGAAUACCGUGGUCAAGUAAAUUGUGUAUGUUGUCGAUUACUUCUGCCAUUUUAAAUUCUCCUCCUGUCAUACAUUUAACGAGUAUUUAAAUAAUGCAUUUGUUGGUUCUGUGUAUUUAGAUGAAUUAAUGAUUCUCUUAGCUCUUUUCAGUAGCUUAAAAAUUGGGUGAGUAUUGGUUUGUAUGUGUUUCCCUCUAUGUGAACACCAUAAGUCAUGCAUGGAAGUAAUAGUGAGCACUAAAGUGUGCUGUAUUUCAUGAUUUUAUAUACAGAACAUCCUUGGUUUUACAGAAGAUAGCGAUGGUUUUUGACUUUUUUUCGUACGUUGUUUAUAUGUGCGGUGCGAUUGGCUGGCGACCAGUUCAGGGUGUACCCCACCUCUCGCCCAGAGUCAGCUGGGAUAGGCUCCAGCACGCCUGCGACCCUAGUGAGGAUAAGCGGUAUGGAAAAUGAAUGAAUGUCUAUAUGACAGCAGAGCUUAUUAAUCACUGGAAGAAUAUAAUUAUUGUAUACUCUAUCUCAAUAGAAUGUACUGUGAUUUUAACCUUUAUUUUUUUAGUGCCAGAAAUGAUAAAUGUUGUUUUGUUUAAAUUUAGUGAUGGUUUAUUUAUAUUAAACAAGUUUUUCAGUGUGUUUCGUUCAUUUUCCACAGCAGAAGCUGUUGCAGGUUUUUUGGCUGAGCAGUAGAGAGUUGUAUCAUCAGCAAAUAAAACACAUUUGAGUACUUA